AUGAGCGAAGCUAAACUUCCCGCACAGCAGCAACUGCCAGAGCGUGAGGAAUCUGGCAAAUCAGGUGAACAUCCACCACCAUCAUCAUCAUCAUCGGCGUCAUCGUCCAGAGUUGAAAAGCGUACACUCAGUUCUGCAUCAUCUAGAAGUCUUCCACACGCUGAUAACGGAGAAACAGCGGCUUUAGAGGCCGCAGCUGCAGCUGCCUCGGUUGCCUCGUACGUCGAGUCGGCAUCUUCAGCGAACGAAGCUGAAAUUAAUAAAAUUGAAAUGAUGGAGUUGGGUGGCGUGCAAGCAAUGGCACAGGCGCACUCGUUGGUUUCAACGGCGGUCGGCGGUGUUUCGGGUUCGCAGGUUUCAAUGCCAGCGGGCGUAGUAGUGGGCGCAAACCCGAUGCGUCCGACCUUCACAACUCACGCAAAUGGCGAUAGUUCAAGCAGUGAUUAUGUAAGUUUCUACUCAUUCCAGCGAUUACUACCAACACAGUUGCUUUUAUUUUCCACGAUUUACCACAGAGCAGUAGCUGCUAAGCAUGUUUUUUCGCCUAAUAUUUUGCAUGGCUUGAAAUUUUGA